AUGGAUCUUACCCGAGUUAUCAAGCCCUGGAAACUUCAACCACAGAAAACGCGCGUGCUUGUGAAUGCGACCAUCAUCGAUCCCGUCAAAGGAGAACUGAUUCCGAAUGCAUCCGUGAAGAUUUCAGGCAGUCAAAUCGUUGGUAUUUCUACCGAUGGAUCGUCCACGCUAAGAGAAGAUGUACCUGAGGAGGGUAUUGUGGAUCUGGAAGGAAAAUACAUAUGCCCAGGGCUAAUCGACUGCCAUGUACACAUCGCAGUAGUGCCCGGCGAAGCGGACCUGCGCGCCUACAAAGAUAUGACGGAACGCAUUAGUCUUCUCCGUCAGCCUCACGUUUUGAAGACCAUGCUCAGUCGCGGGUUCACGUCGAUUCGAGACUGUGGAGGUGCCAGCGGGGCGAUGAAGGAAGCCGUCGAAGAAGGCGUUCUACCGGGUCCACGAAUGUUUAUUGCGGGCUUUGCCCUCUCACAAACCGGCGGUCAUGGAGAUAUGCGGGGGCCACACGAUGAGCAACUCUGCUGUGGCGGCUCUGUUUCCGGUAUUAGUCGGAUCGUGGAUGGACCGGCAGAGUGUUACAAGUAUGCACGCGACGAGCUUCGGAAGGGAGCCGAUUUCAUUAAAAUUAUGGGAGGUGGAGGUGUCGCAAGCCCGACGGAUCGCAUCGAGCAUGUGCAGUUCUCGGAUGAGGAGAUCAAGGCUAUUGUCACCGUCGCCAAGAAUGCCGGUACAUACGUCACAAGCCACCGCUAUACACCCCAAGCUAUUCAACAAGCCAUCAACCUAGGCGUUCGAGGCAUUGAACAUGGCAACCUUAUCGAUUUGGAGACUGCCAAGUUGAUGGCGGAGAAGGGUGUUUUCCUUACCCCAACUCUGAUUGCCCACGUUAUGUCCAAGCAGAUGAAUUUCCUGCCAGCCGACGGAGCUGCGAAAAAUGACGAGGUCCUUGAGAAGGGGCUAAGGGCGAUGAAAAUGGCUGUCGACUGCGGUGUCACGGUUUGCUUUGGUAGCGACCUUCUUGGGCCAAUGCACUUCGCACAGAGCAAGGAGUUCUCCGUUCGCAGCAAAAUCCUCACCCCACUUCAAAUCCUGCAAAGUGCGACCAUUAAUGCCGCUCGUCUUGUGAUGCAGGAGGAUCGUCUUGGCCAAAUUCGUGAGGGAUUUGUGGCGGAUCUAUUGGUGCUCGACCGGAAUCCGUUGGAAGAUAUUACGGUCCUCGACAGGGCGGAGGAAACUAUUCUGAGUGUUAUCAAGGAUGGAAGAGUCUUUGAAUCACGAGUGGAGGGUCUGAAUAAGGAUCUCUAA